AAAUGUCAAAAUCGUGAAAAUCGCAAAAAAUGCGAAUGUUGUCAAUUUGAUUUGAUGAAAAACGAAAGUCCGUUCUAAAUCUAAAAAUGUGUCAUUGCUAAAAUUUAAAAGAAUUUAUAAAAUAAUUAUGAAAAAAUCCGUAUUUCGUAACAUAACUAAGGCGAAUGCUCGUAAACUAGCGACAACAUAGAUUAUAACCUCAAAACACAUGUACGGUAAAAGGGUUUUGUUUAGUCGAGUAGUUAGUUUAUCAAACGUUAGAUAUUUCAAGAAGGAUAGCUCUAAGAAACUGCUGGAAUUUCUAGCCGGUAUGCCGAAAGCAAAUUCAGCCCGUAUCUUGGAGAAUCAACGUCAAAGACAGCAUAUUGCAAAGAAAAGUGAGAAGUAUGGGCCCAGUUGUGUUUACCUGCAAGUCCUGGGCUCCGGAGCACGAGGAGCCCCAAACACUCUGUACUUAUUCACUGACCAGAAAAGGUAUCUAUUCAACUGCGGGGAAUGUACCCAGAGGCUUGCUCAUGAGCACAAGGUUAAACUGUCCCGACUUGACCACAUCUUCAUAACCAGCAAGACUUGGAAGAACAUUGGUGGACUCCCAGGGUUGUCACUGACACUGCAGGAUGUUGGUGUGCCCAGCAUCACACUGCAUGGACCUGAAGGCUUGGAUGAACUCUAUAGUGCCACUAAGAGAUUUGUAAUAAUGAAGGACAUGAAUGUAACCAUGGCAAAGUGCAGUCCCUCUGAAGACUUUGAAGACAAUGUUAUGAGUGUUAAAUAUGUGAUACUAGGACCCAAUGACGAGAUAUUUUCAAAAGAUCUAAAGCCAGCGGCAAAGAGACAGAAACUAGCAGAUCCUAUUGAGAAGGGAUUCGAAGAAUUCUUUCGAGAUGACACAGACUACUACAAACCGGAGUUGCGUAAUUAUGAUGGAUCAGCUCGACGGCAUGUGAAACCUAAACCAAUGCCAGGCAGGGCUGCAUCAAGUAUGGAUAACCAGGAUCCCAUGAAAAGAAAGACUGAAAAGGUUUUACAUGAUCUACAGAAGAAAUCGCAUUGCACUGUGUCAUACAUCUGUACUCUUAAGAAACGCCUAGGAACUCUAGACCUGGCGAAAUGCGUGGAACUGGGAGUGAAGCCAGGUCCGAUGCUCGGGCAGCUGAAGAACGGCCACGACGUGGUGCUGCCGGACGGCACGCUCGUCUUGUCCAAGGACGUGAAGACGCCUGAUGACCCUGGGCCUGUGUUUAUAGUGCUAGACGUGCCGAAUAUAUCGUACCUCAAGGAGAGUGAGUUCUCCGCUCACUUUGCGAAUGGCGUUAACCCUCCAGAGAAUAUUCCCACUCUAAUCGUACACUUCUCUCCGCCAGAAGUCUUCCAUAGUGAAUCGUACAAAGGUUUUCUAGCGCUGUUUGGGCCGACAACGCGCCAUCUAAUCCUCAACGGCCAGAACUCCUGCCUAGGUUCGGAAUCCGCGCACCGUACGCAACACAAGUUGCACCUGCUAGACCCUGACAUAUUCCCACUGCUCAAGGACGUUAGUAUGCCCGCUGUGUGGAACGCCCAUCCCCCUAUACCAAAGACCAACAGUCCUAUCAGACUGAAAGGGAUGGAAGAAUUAAAGAAUAAGAUUGCACUCGCGCAGUUCCAGAACAUAAUAAACAUGGAGGGGUCACCGAAAGGGGAACAUCGGCCUCCUAGCGAGGAACCGAAGGCCGAGCUGACGGAACUCAUCGCUGGACGGACACUCACAAUGUUCCACUUGAGACCUAAGAGGCAGCUCGACAGAACAUCAGAACCAAAGCUCCACAUACAAGACUACAUCCAAGAGACCAUGGAUGUGGACGGCUUCGUGGGUUCCUUAGAACAGUUCCGCCGCCUGGUCGACAGCAUGCGAUACACUAAGCGAGGCUCCCAGCAGGAGUAUCCCAAGGUGGUGUUCCUCGGGACCGGUUCCUGUAUACCCAGCAAGACUAGAAAUACUAGUGCUAUCGUGAUUCAUGUUGAUGAGAACCGCUCAAUAUUGCUGGAUUGCGGUGAAGGCACCUUCGGCCAACUAGUCCGUUUUUACGGGCCGAAGAAAGUCAACUCAUUCCUGAGGACGCUCAGGGCCAUCUACAUCUCACAUCUGCAUGCUGAUCAUCAUAUUGGUCUAAUCGGCGUGCUGCAAGCGAGACGGCAGGCGUAUGAGGAGAUCAGCCACAGCGACCCUCCCGACCCGAUAUGCCUGCUGGCCCCCGGACAGAUCGUGUCCUGGCUCUCUCUGUAUGACCUGCAGUUUGAGAGGAUCCGCAAUGAGUUUACUCUCAUACCUAAUCAGAAUCUGCUAGUAGACAGUACACCAGAGCUGUCCCCCGCGAUCCUGGCCAGCCUAGGGCUACAGCAGCUGCACACAUGCCACGUGGUGCACUGCCCCAACGCCUUCGGAGUGGCGCUCCAUAUCAGCAACUACAAGAUCACAUACUCCGGUGACACCUUGCCCUGCGAGACGCUUGUUAAACUAGGCCAAGACUCGACUCUGCUGAUCCACGAAGCGACUAUGGAAGACGAGUUGGCAGAUGAGGCUCGUAUGAAGAUGCACUCGACAACAACUCAGGCCAUAGAGAUAGGACGGCAAAUGAACGCUCAGUACACGGUGUUAACCCACUUCAGUCAGCGGUACGCGCGGCUGCCGCGACUUAAUGCGAACAUACUCAACGAUAACGAUAGCGUUGGCAUCGCCUUCGAUAAUAUGCAGAUAACAAUGAGCGACCUGGACCUCCUCCCACACAUGUAUGCGCCGCUCCAACUGAUGUUCGCGGAACAUUGCGUCGAGAUGGAACUGAAGGCGGCGCACCGGGCCUGCCAGAAACUACGCGCUGAAGCGCGCCGCUCCUUCCCCGACAUCGCCGGUACUUCACCUUCUAACACAAAGCAACUACAGACAACUGUCAGCCCUACCCGAAAGAGCAAAUCUCCUGAACCACAGACAACUUCUAAGAUAGAAAUAAAAACACCCGAACCAGAGACAAUCAAAACAGAUACUGCAAUAACUCAACCAAUGAACACAAAUGAACCAACCACAGACAACGAAACAAAACCCAUAGACAAACCAGAGACAAGUGAAAAUGUAGACGUUAAGAUGGAAAAUGUUGGAGAGCGGUAGGAGUAGAUAGAUUAGAAGUGCCUUUUAUUUAUGCUUUAGCUUGUUACAUUGUAAUUGCAUCUAGUUUAUGAUUGUUAUGUAAGUACGUUGAAUAAAGUAACGUAUUUUUGA